GGGAUGAGGUAGUCAAUGAAAAUGUAGCUGAUAAGAUUACAGAUUUGGCAUCAGAUUUUGUAUUUAACCAUCCUACGCAAAGAAUGGCUGAAAGGAUUUUAGACAUUGGUGGUAGAACAGUGUAUCGAUACGUUUUCUCAUACAGUGGUAACAGAAAUCUACUAAAAAUACUGUUUAACUUGAAUGCUACAGGGGCUAUCCAUGCUGAUGAGCUGGGAUAUUUAUUUGAUAAUGUUGAAUUGUUUGGAGAGCAAGUAACAUCACAAGACCAGCUCAUGAUUGACAGGCUUACGACGCUUUGGACUAACUUUGCUAAGUAUGGGGAUCCAACACCAGCAAUGUCGGACCUACUUCCAGUAAAGUGGCAACCUAUCACGAAGACCAGCCAGCCUUAUUUGAACCUCGACUCGGACCUUACUCUUGGAGCCAGGCCGUUCCACGACAGGAUGGCGUUCUGGGACCUUUUCUACAAACUCUACAGAAAUCAACAAAAAUAUGGACUUUCUGGAAAAUGAGAAUCCUUAAACAUAAUUAUUAUUGAUUUUAAAUAAUAGUGUAGGUCUGUAGGUAGUAUUUUUUGGAUUCAAUAUCUAAUUAAACAAAUUAAUUUAGUUCUA